GCUUGGAGAAUUUUGCCGCGAUUGUCCCAAAUUUUAUAUUUGUAGAAUAUUUUUCCAUCCUUAUCGAAUAGUUGCACACGUCGCAUGAUAAAAGUUAAAACAAAACUACUGUGUCUCAUAGCGGCGGUUUGGGGUCUUAUCUGUGCGUCUCAUAUCUUGUCGGCGACAGGUUUUCAUGAGAUUUGCCCCAUUGCAGAGAAGAAGGCGAUCGAGACCUGGUGCAAAAAGACGUUUCAAAAAAACGGCAAUGUAACAUUGGGAAACCAUACGGUUAUUGGCAAGCAGAUUGAGUGUGUAUGCAAUAACUUUACCUCGAUAAUGGUUUCGGUGAAAGCUAAUGUUAAAGAGGGUUUACCUAAUGGAUCCGAUAUACCUAGUCCACCUGGGAGCCCAGACAAAAUGAUCUGUUAUUGGUCUGGUGUCUUUGAAGAUAUGCCGGAGGGAAACUACUGUACCAGUAUGGCGGGCGUGAACCCUUCUGGAUGCAACGGAGUAGACACUAGCUUCUGUUACACAAGCUCCUGUAACACUAAGGGUGAUGGCUACAACAUGACAUGCAACACUUGCGAGGGACGUAUGUUUAGCAUCGUAAAGGAAAAAAACAAAUACACAAGAACAUAUAGUCCGCCAGUUGACUGUAGCCCGGAGGUGAAUUGUACUUCGCACGGGUGCUGCAACACACAGUUGGCAGCCAAGACAGAUGGCCCUUGUACUUGCUAUAGGGAUCCCAAGCACGGGUACUGGGACGGGGCAAAUUGUUCUGUGUGCUUGAAAGGCUACAAAACGACAGGUGUAGAGUACUGUACCACCCCGGCCCCGGCGAUUCAAGUUAUUCUGUCAUCACUUGCCGUCCCGAUGACGAUGGUAUUACCCAACUUGUUGAUGAUGGUGGUUUUUGUGAUUAUCGGGCGGGUCCGGCGAUUGUGGGAUACCGACGCCCCGUUUAGGCUCACCGCUCUGCGCCGCACAAAUCUCUCUACCGUACAAAGCGCUCGGCGAGGCGAGGCGAGCAUGUUCCGCUCCAAACGCAUCUCCCGACGGCCUGCAAAAAGUCAAGGAUUCAUAAGUGACUCGCAGGCCCCAGUGACACACGAUGGGACAUUAACGUACUAA